AACAACUAUGGACUCAAAUUUACCCAAAGUUUUUCUACCAAGGAAACACCCUCCAGCUGGGUUGGAGAGGUUAAAGAAAUUUUGUGAAGUUGUUAUAUUAAAUGAGGAAAGACGCAUCACUCGUGAUGAAUUUCUCAAAUCUAUACCAGGAUUUGAUGCUUUAUUUAUAACUCCUAUGGACCGUAUUGAUAAGGAGGCUCUUGAUAUUGCAGGUCCUACACUGAAAGUUGUGUGCACAUUCUCCUCUGGCCUUGAGCACAUUGACCUUGAGGAGUGUAGAAAACGGGGAAUUCAAGUUGGAUGUGUUCCAGAUACAUUAACCAAGGCUGUGGCGGAGAUGGCGGUUGGGCUUUUGUUGGCUGCUGCCAGAAGAUUCCAGGAGGGAAUUGAGAGUGUCCACAAUGGAGUGUGGGGAACCAAGUGGGAAAAUGCUCUAUGGCUGGCUGGCAAACAAGUCUCUGGUUCUGUCAUAGGCAUCGUGGGUCUGGGCAGGAUUGGUAUGGCUGCAGCUAAACGUCUAGCUGUCUUUGAGCCAGCCAGAAUUUUGUACUGUGGCAAUAGAGAUAAACCUGAAGCUAAAGAAGUGAAGGCUAAGUUUGUUAGUUUUCAUGAAUUACUGGAGACCUCAGAUUUUGUUCUUGUGACAUGCUCUCUAAACAAGUCUAACAGAGGUAUGUUUGAUGCUGAUGCCUUUAAGAGGAUGAAAAAUGAUGCAGUGUUUGUUAACGUAGCCCGUGGUGCUUUAGUAGACCAGGACGCCUUGUACGAAGCCUUGAUGAACCACCAGAUUGGUGCUGCUGCCAUUGAUGUGACAACACCAGAGCCCCUUCCUACAAAUCAUAAACUGUUGACCCUGAAGAAUUUAUUGGUCACCCCGCAUCUAGCAUGUGCAACUGUUGAAACUCGUAACGCAAUGUGUAACUUGACAGUGGACAACAUACUUGCAGGACUGAGCGGUCAACCACUGCCCUCCCCAGCUUAUGUGUGAUGGGAACCAACCUAUAGAUACCAAUUAUUGUUGAAGAUGAUAUUACUGUUGCUUUAGCAAUAUUCAAUUGUUAAUUUUACAAAAUGGUGAUAUUUUUAUAUUUAGUAUAUUUUUAAUCAGACUGAUGUACAAAGUUUUUGUGAUUUUCAAUAUUUUUUACUCAUGUAAGAACAAAGUUAUCUUAUUUUUACUUUACAUAAUUGUUUUUAAAAAAUGCUGCACAUAAUUUUUUUGAAAACAUUCCCAUAAUACUUUGAAGUUUAUCAUGAAAUAAUAAUUUUAAAAAAUAUAUAAAUGGUUUGUUUCGCUGCCACCUGUAGCUGGAAUCAUCAAGGGAAGCUACUCUGUUUGAAUAUCCAGUGACUAUUUACAUGUGUAUGUAUCUUCCAAUCUUUUUACCAUUUUAAGUAAUAUUUGAUUUUUACACUCCAUAGAACUUUUUAGAACUAAAUAUUCUUUUUCAAAUGCUGUUUUAUUGUAGAUUUUCUAAUCUUGAAGUACAAAUAAUUAUACUUUAACUCUUUGGACCAUUUAAAAAUACGAAACAAAAUAAUUUAAGAAGAAUUACGCAUAGUGCGAAACAAAAGUUAAAAAAAAUAUGUACUAUGGAGUGAAUUAUUCAAUAUCCAACUGGGAAUAAGAAUCAUAUUAGUUCCUAAACUAGAUUUAUCCGCAGGGUAUUGAAGGGUAGGAUAUUCUUUUUUCAAAAAUUGUAAUCAAACUACAGGGAGAUAUUUACAUUGUAUUUAAUAAUGAAAAUGGUCAUGAUUUUUUAUAUUUUAACAUGUGGUUACCUUUUUAUGUCAAUUAGCUUUGCUGCUAGUUGUUUGUUUAUACAGAUACUGUAAAAAAAAUGU